CAGAGAGAGACGGCUGAGGUGGACGAAAGGGAAGCUGGAUCCACCACAACUGCGAAAUGCCCUUGUUUGCCAACUCCACUCAGCCCAGCAGCUGUGUCACCUUCUCACAGGGACCUCAUGGCAGUCAAAUUCUGAGUGCUCCUUUCCUUACUAGUGAAUCCCCAGGGAAUGGCUCCAACGACUCAGCUUGUAGCCUCCAGGACGACCUCUUGGCAGUGACUCUGCCGGUGGCGUAUCCCAUCAUCUCCAUCACGGGCCUCUUCUUCAACAUGCUGGCCCUCUGGGUGUUCCAUUUUGGCACGCAGAAGACAAACUCCAUCACCGUGUACAUGAAGAACUUGGCCCUGUCAGACCUCCUCCUUGCCCUCUGCCUGCCCUUCCGGGCAGCAUUUCACAACCAAAGCGGCCCUCUUAUGCUCUGCCAGGUGGUCGGCAUCAUCUUUUACUUCACCAUGUAUGUCAGCAUCUGGCUGCUCACCCUGAUCAGCCUGGAUCGCUACCUGAAGAUCAUCCGGCCCCUCCAACAGUUCCGGAUCCACACAGUGACUUACAGCACUGCUGCUUCUGGAGUGGUGUGGCUAGUGUGCGGUGCCAUGAUGCUUCCUUUCUUUUUCAGCGCUGGCAGCAAUGGGCCCUGCCCCCCCAAAUGCUUCCACUUCAAGUACAAAAAAGUCCCGGGGCCUGUGCUCAACCUGAUCGCAGUAGCCGCUUUCUUUGUCUUGCUGGGGUUUUUCUUCUACUCUUACUGCAAGAUCUCGCUCAAGCUCCGAAGGGUCUCCUUAAGGAAAACCCAGCAGCAGAGCAAGAAGACGAGCUCCCGAGCCGUAACCAAGACGUUUGUGGUCCUUGCCGUUUUCAUUAUAUGCUUCACCCCUUACCAUGCGGUUCGAGUGCCCUACGUCCUUGCCCAGGUAGAGAUAAUCUCUGAUCCAGGGAGAGUACAAACUCUCCACCUUGCCAACGAACUCGCUCUCUGCAUCUCGGCCCUCAACUGCUGCUUGGACCCUGUGAUUUUCUUCUUCCUCUCCAGUUGCUUCAAGCGAGCAAUGCUGGCUGCCCUGCGGGGAAAAUUGAAAGCAGCCUUCCGGAAGAACGAAGGAGUCUUGAACUCAGGAAGAUCCAUCACAGACUCUCGAGUCCAGAGAUUUGAGAUACAGAUUGAGGAGGGAGCUCUAGAGAGUCAGUGA